AUGUACAAGUCACACGUCCUCAAAACGCCAACAUCAAUACGUCUCUUGGAUAUAAUCGAGUCUCGAGACGAUGCUAUUCGUUGCUCUAUGCGGGUAGUCGACCUACGCGAUGAGAGUCUCGAGUUUGCCGCUGUCUCAUACACCUGGGGCAACCCAACUACAGUUCACGAAGAUCCCAUGCCCGAUAUCGAUGGUCUUGAAUUCCAAGAGCAUGCCGAUAAACUUCCUUUCACUUAUUACAGUCCAGAACUGGGACCUGAUGGCGACAAAUUGGUAAUGGUUGAUCGGGCCAAGCUUCUGUACUACGAUAUGCAUCGCUAUGUCCCCCGUGAAGAGGUGCUUUGGCAAAAGCGCACCCAUCAUGAAAUAGAAAUUGACGGGAGUCGGGUCCCAAUCGAAGAAAACCUCUUAUUGUUCUUCCAAUCAGUAUUGAAACUUCGAGCUGCAAUUGCUCCAAGCCCAGGAGAGCCAGAGAGCCCGACUUACCGCUCAAUCAACCUACCCAUCUGGGCUGAUGCAUUAUGUAUCAACCAGGCAGACCUCGACGAACGAGCUGCCCAAGUUAAGCUUAUGGGGCGUCUAUACAAGUCAGCCAGUAUAGUACUUGCCUGGGUCGGCCAAUAUGACAGGCUUGCAGAACUAGCGAUACAGGCAAUGGGGAGAAUUCUUGAUUUCGACGCAACUCGCCUCCAUGCACAAGACUCCACAUACCAAGAACAAGAAGAAGUCACCAUGUCCUCAGUCCCAGGGAUGACAGUGGUGCAUUGGUUCGCCCUCUUUUCCCUCUUCCAAAGACUCUGGUUCCGCAGAGCUUGGGUCGUUCAGGAGGCUGUUUUUGCUCAGGAUAUUUUGAUGGUCUGCGGCGCGACGCUGCAAAGUAUGGACUUCAUCUUGGCGGUUGCUGCAUUUCUUGAACAGACAGGAAUCGAUAUUGAGUUAUGCCAAUUUGGACAUAACUUUCUCGCCAAUCGAGCCGUGUCAGACCAGGCUCAACACUGGGAGAAACUAUCGUUGCUCUCUGGGCAGCCAGCGAGGGCGGCCAAUGAGUUGAAGGUCACUCCGCGCGAUGCUCUUUCUUUUAUCCUAGGUUAUCAUCAUACUCGCUCGCGUCUUGGGCUUUGCAACGCUGGCCUCCCCAUGGUCACCCUGCUUUCAGAUGAAGAGGGGCAAGACGGGGAUACCAGGGACAAAUCACGCCGAUGGGCCCUAGAACUUCCCCAAGUUACCCACCUCAUCGAUCACGAUAUAGUGAAAUCUUUCGACGAGGAGCUUGGUAUGACUGGUUUCAGAUUUGAACGUCGAAAGCUACACUUACUUUCCGUCCUCUCCGACUUUCGGGAGCUUGAGGCUACAGACCCUCGAGACAAGAUCUUCGCUUUUCUGAACCUUGCCGAGGAUGGUCUUGGACUACAGCCAGACUACAGUGCCGACGUCAAAAAGGUCUUCAUCCAAGCAACAAAGACCAUGAUUGACAAACGUAUUGGCUCGCACCUUGCAGUUCUAUCCCACGUGCAAGAUCUUGCAGACACAAGGAUCCAAGGCCUUCCAAGCUGGGUGCCAGACUUUAGUGCCAGGCUGGGACGGGUUCCGUUUGACCAAGGUGGACAUGAUGAUCGUUUCUGCGCCGGCACUCACCAGGAUCUUGAUUAUGACGACUGGGUAAUCCAUAUUGAUCCCGAUGAUAAGCUAAGUGUCAAGGGUAUCAAGGUGGAUACUGUAUCUAUGUCCACGGAGCUUAAUCAAGAUCCAGUUAUCCAGGCUCUACGACUGGCAUUGCAUAGUCCAGCCGAAUAUCCUGUUCAAGCCAGAGCUUGGCGUGUCGAGAGCACUGCAAAUCAUAGCUCAAGACGAUACAUCCGCCCAUCACAAGCGGUGACCCGGGUUGAAGCCCUAUGGCGUACUCUGAUCAUUGAUAAACUGACCGAGGAGGAAAACGACUUCGGCAGUUUGGACUCAAGAGUGAACAUAGGGACGGGCUUCAGCAACUGGAUUUUGACGGAUAUCCUAGAAGCUCGCGAUUUGCUUGCUGAGUGGUCAGGGCGUUGCUCGGAAUCGUGGACUUGGGAACUGAUUCAAAAGUCGUUCACUACUCGCUUGGCUCUCUGGUCGGCCAUUUAUGAUGCACGGCAGCUGUCCGAUGAACUACAGGCGCCGGAUAUUGAAGUAGCUAUAGCGGAUUUUAGGGAAAAGGUUGAAAAGGAAGUAGGACAGCCAGGCGACGAUGGAGAGGAUGAAGAGGAAUCAUCUAAAGAGGGAGGAAGUGACAGAAAAUCUCAUGUUGGAGGCAGCAAUUCAUUGGAAACGGGCUUGUUCCCUCGGCACGACUCAUCCGAGAAAGCUUUCCAGCUCCCGCAGUGGAAGAAGACGAACAAGACAAGGACCCGCUGGGGGGCAAGUAUAAGCGACCUUCGAUGCAAAGACUUACUCCACUGGGACGGAGAAAGUUACGCAACUUCGAAAAGCACAUGCGGAAUGCUACUCAAGGUCGUAAACUUUUCAUGA